AGGUACUACGUUCGAUAUGCUAUAUAUAGCCACACAUAUCCACAGCCAGAAGUAACACAAACAACUUAAGUAAAUUUGCUACUACAACACAUAUUUCCAAAUUUCUGAAAACAUGGAUGCUCAUAUAAUAAUCUUCCUUUUGGUUCUGCUUGUUCCUCUCUCAUCUGCUACCAGUGUUGUUGAUUUUUGUGUGGCGGAUUUCAAUUUUCCAGUUGGACCAGCUGGAUACUCAUGUAGAAAUCCUGCUAAUCUUACAGUUGAUGAUUUUGUUUUCUCUGGUUUGGGUGUUCCAGGUAACACGUCAAAUAUCUUCAAUUCUUCGGCAUUUUUAGCAAUUGAUGUAACUUUUCCUGCCUUAAACGGUUUAGGGCUUUCCAUGGCGCGGUUAGACCUUGAUGUGGGUGGAACUAUUCCGGUACACUCACAUCGAGUAUCAGAAGUUAUUAUUGUAAUUGAAGGGACCAUAAUUGCGGGUUUUAUAGGAUCUGAUAACACGGCUUACUAUAAAACAUUGAAUAGAGGGGAUAUAAUGAUCUUUCCACAGACAUUACUUCACUUCCAAGUUAACAUUGGUGAUUCUCCUGCUCUUGCAUUUGUUGCCUUAAACAGCGCGAGUCCAGGUUUUCAAACCACGACCUUUGCUCUAGCUGCAAAUGACCUUCCUACUGAUAUUAUUCAGAAGAUCACUUUACUGGAUGCUGGACAGGUGAGGAAGUUAAAGACUAUCUUCGGAGGAACUAAUUGAUCAUAAAUACUCCAAUAAUAACAUAUAUGUACUGCUAGAAUUUUUUUUUUAUUUGGUAAGAUGAAUAAUCUCUAGGCUGCCCUGCAUAGGGUCCACCCUAGAAGCCGAGGCACUUGGAAUGUACUGUUAGUUUAUUAUUACUUCUUAUGCAUUUAUACAAGUAUAAUUGUAAUUUGUCUUAUAUAUGUUUGCCAGUAUCAUUGCAUUA